CUCUUUUUUUUUUUUUUUUUUUGGUUGGAUUACUUGGUUGUUGGAUUGGACGUGCUACGGUAAGCGUACUGACUCACUUCCGGUUUACUUCCUGCUCUGUGUACACUGUUUGGUGCUGUAGCUCUGUCAGUGAACGCUAAAUAUAAAUUAGUUUUACUCGUUACAGCGGUUAUUUACCCGCUUAACAUUUAAACGUAGACUAGUUCUACUUAAACACUUGGAGUUUCUCCCUCUUUUAGGGACUUUUCACUACUUUCAAAGUUUUUCAUACACUCUAGUUUCAUUAGCAUUAGCAGUUAGCUAUGGCUUCUCCCUCUCCUCUGUCCUGCUCAGUGUGUCAGAUGUUCAGUUAUUCCUCUGCCUCCUUUAAAGAUAAUGGUACCUGUAUUAAAUGUAGUUUAUUUACUGCGCUGGAGGCGAGGCUUAGUGAGUUAGAGGAACGGCACCGCACCACUGAGAUAUCUUUAGCCGCUAUAGUUAGCCAGCCCCCAGUAGCCGGUGCGGUCCGACCGAAGGUAGCUUCUGUUAGCUCUGUAGAUCCCCCGGUAGUUCCCGAGCAGCCGGGAAGACAGGGAGGCUGGGUGACUGAGCGAAGGAAGGCUAGAACGGCGAAGCCCACAGGUCACCACCAACCGUUUCACGUUUCUAAUACAUUUUCCCCUCUCAGCGAUACACCCGCUGAGGAACCAACUCUGGUUAUUGGCAGCUCCAUAGUCAGAAACGUGAAGUUAGCGAAGCCAGCGGCCAUAGUUAAAUGCAUCCCUGGGGCCAGAGCGGGCGACAUUGAAUCAAAUUUAAAACUGCUGGCUAAAGAUAAACGUAAAUACAGUAAGAUUGUUAUCCACGUCGGCGGUAACGACACCCGUUUACGCCAAUCGGAGGUCACUAAGAUUAAUGUGGAGUCGGUGUGUAACUAUGCUAAGACAAUGUCGGACACCGUAGUUUUCUCUGGACCCCUCCCCAAUGUGACCAGUGAUGACAUGUAUAGCCGCAUGUCGUCAUUCCACCGCUGGCUGUCGAGGUGGUGUCCAGCAAACGAUGUGGGCUUCAUUGAUAACUGGAAGCCUUUUUGGGGAAAACCUGGUCUGAUUAGGAGAGACGGCAUCCAUCCCACUUUGGAUGGAGCGGCUCUCUUAUCUAGAAAUAUGGCGAAGUUUAUUUCUAAAACCUGACAGUCCAGAGUUAGGACCAGGAAGCAGAGCUGCUGUCUUACACACUCCUCUGCGCUUUCUUUAGAACAGUCACCCACCCAAAACCCCAUAGAGACUGUGUCUGUCCCCCGACCACCUAAACUAUUUAAAGAAAUAAAAACAAGAGGAGUUCAACAUAAAAAUCUAAUAAAAAUUAAAACCAACUCCUCAGUAGCACAAAAUAAGAGAAUGAAAUGUGGGCUGUUAAAUAUCAGGUCUCUGUCCUCUAAAGCUGUUCUAGUGAAUGAAUUAAUAUCAGAUUAUGAUAUUGAUUUACUUUGUCUUACUGAGACCUGGUUGUCCCACGAGGAGUAUGUUAGCCUAAAUGAAUCCACCCCCCAGUCAUAUUAAUACUCACAUUCCUCGAGGCACAGGCCGAGGAGGUGGAGUAGCAGCUAUAUAUGAUUCGAGCGUUUUAAUGGACCCUAAACCUAAACUAAAUUAUAAUUCAUUUGAAAGCCUUGUUCUUAGUCUUUCUCACCCAAACUGGAAAACACUGCAGCCAGUUCUAUUUGUUAUAGUGUACCGCGCUCCUGGACCGUACUCUGAUUUUAUAUCUGAAUUUUCAGAGUUUCUAUCAAGCUUAGUCCUUAAAUCAGAUAAAGUAAUUAUUGUAGGUGAUUUUAAUAUUCAUGUGGAUGUUGACAAUGACAGCCUUAGUAAUGCAUUUAUAUCAUUAAUAGACUCAAUUGGCUUCUGUCAGAGUGUAAAUAAACCAACUCAUUGUUUUAAUCACACUCUUGACCUUGUUUUAUCAUAUGGCAUUGAUAUUGAACAUUUAAUAGUCUUCCCACAUAAUCCUUUCCUAUCUGACCAUUAUUUAGUAACUUUUGAAUUCAUACUAUUAGAUUAUAAGCCAUUAGGCAAAACUUCCUACAGCAGAUGUCUAUCUGACAGUGCUGUAGCUAAAUUUAAGGAGGAGAUUCCUUCAGUGUUUAAUUCAAUGCCAUGUCUGAAUUUAACAGAGUCCUAUAACAACUUUAGUCCCUCUGAAAUUGAUAAUCUUGUCGAUAGUGCUACAGGCUCACUACGAUCAACAUUAGACUCUAUCGCUCCUAUAAAAAGGAAAUUAUUAAAACAUAGGAGACUAGCACCUUGGUAUAACCACCAAACCCGCCAGUUAAAGCAAAUAGCUAGGAAAUCUGAAAGGAAAUGGCGCUCUUCCAAAUUAUCAGAAUAUCGCUCAAAUUGGCAAGAUGAUCUUAAGAUUUAUAGAAAGGCCCUCCGUAAUGCCAGAGGAGCCUAUUACUCAGCACUAAUAGAAGAAAAUAAGAACAACCCUAGGUUCCUCUUCAGCACUGUAGCCAGGCUGACAGAGAGUCACAGCUCUAUCGAGCCACAUAUCCCCAUAAACUUAAGUAGCAAUGACUUCAUGAGCUUCUUCUAUAAUAAAAUUAUUACUAUUAGAGAAAAAAUUAAUCACCAACUGCCAUCAACAGUUAUCAGUGGCUCUCCAAGUUCAGGGACUUCUGUCAAUGUAAACUUAGAUGUAUAUUUAGACUGUUUUUCUGCUAUCGAUCUUCAUCAGUUAACUUCAAUCAUUUCUUCAUCGAAGCCAUCAACCUGUCUGUUAGACCCGAUCCCAACUAGGCUGCUUAAAGAAGUUGUUCCCUUAAUUGGCACUUCUUUACUGGAUAUGAUUAAUCUUUCUUUAUUAUCAGGAUAUGUACCACAGUCCUUUAAAGUAGCUGUAAUUAAACCCCUUCUUAAAAAGUCUACUCUUGACCCAGGGGUUUUAGCCAACUAUAGACCGAUUUCUAACCUCCCGUUCCUCUCUAAGAUUCUGGAGAAAGUAGUCGCCAAAGAGUUGUGUGACUUUCUACAUAACAAUAGUUUAUUUGAGGAUUUAGAGUUCAUCAUAGCACAGAGACAGCUCUGGUUAAAGUUAAUAAUGACCUUCUGCCUGCUUCUGACAAUGGACUUGUCUCUGUACUUGUAUUAUUAGAUCUUAGUGCUGCAUUUGACACCAUUGACCAUGAUAUUCUUUUACAGAGACUUGAGCAUCAAAUUGGCAUUAAAGGAACUGCCCUAACCUGGUUUAAGUCAUACUUAUCAGAUCGUACUCAGUUUGUACAUGUUAACGAUGAAUCCUCCAUAAAUACUAAAGUUAGUCAUGGAGUUCCACAAGGUUCUGUACUUGGACCAAUACUAUUUACUUUAUAUAUGCUCCCUUUAGGCAACAUUAUUAGGAAUCACUCCAUUAACUUUCACUGUUAUGCAGAUGAUACGCAGUUAUAUCUAUCAAUCAAACCCAAUGAAAUUAAUCAAUUAUCUAAAUUACAAACAUGUCUUAAGGACAUAAAAUCCUGGAUGACCUGCAAUUUUCUGAUGUUAAACUCAGAAAAAACCGAAAUUCUUGUUCUUGGCCCCAAAAACCUUAGAGACUCAUUGUCUAAAGAUAUAGUCACUCUAGAUGGCAUUAACUUGGCCUCUAGCACCACUGUCAGGAAUCUUGGAGUUAUCUUUGAUCAGGAUUUGUCAUUUAACUCCCACAUAAAGCAGACCUCUAGGACUGCCUUCUUUCAUUUACGUAAUAUUAGAAAAAUUAGACACAUACUAUCACAGACAGAUGCAGAAAAACUAAUCCAUGCAUUUGUUACUUCAAGGCUGGAUUACUGCAACUCUUUAUUAUCAGGUUGCCCCAAUAAGUCCAUUAAAACGCUCCAAUUAAUUCAGAACGCUGCAGCACAAGUACUGACAGGAACUAGAAAAA